AUGUAUUUUCAAGUCAUUAUCAAUUCUUUUUCAGGGUUUGGACCUUUUUGCCUUUGUUUUAGAGACAAUGAACCUUGCACUGUAUAUGACUUGAAAAAGCGACUAGCCACCACCACUGCUUUUAGUGUAGAAGAACAACGUAUACGAUCCUUGGGAGGAAAGAUUUUGACAGAUUCCGAUGACUUGUUGAAAGAUUAUGCCCUACAAGAAGGUCCUAUUGUACUUAACUUGACUGUCAGGCUAAUAGGGGGACGUACACGCCAUAAGCGUAUAGACAAUACCACAACGCAGAGACACUAUCAUCAACCUCUGAGUAAAAAACUUCGGUUACAUACAGCAGAUAUUCUUAUCCAUCGCGACUCAACUUACGAUAUGUCUGAACAACCCACUAAGGGUAAAGAAAAAGAGACCCGCAAGCGUAAACAUUAG